AUGAGCUCCUUUCCUCUCUCGUUCUCAUACGAAACUGUCAAAUAUGUCAAGGUAGAAGAUUCAAGAUUAGGCUGCUUGCGGUUGAUCCUUCUGCUUGGCAUCCUACUCUACGUGGGUGUUAUUGAAAUGGCGUAUAUGGGAGGAUAUCUGGAAGCGACACGGGUGGUGGGAGCGGUACGAUUUUCUCUGCAACAUCCGGAACAUGGGAGUGAUUGUCCAUCCACGACGACAUUUGUCAAGGAAAUAGGCACUGAGGAGAAUUGUACCAACGAUUUUGCGCCUCUGGAUACCUUGGCCUAUUGUGAGCAAAGUCGAGGAAAAGCUCAUCGAAUGUCAGUGAUGAACGAUGAACAAUCCAUUGAUAUCCGCGAACUGGAGGAUGAAAGUUCAAUCAUUGAUUCCAUCUCCUCGACUUCUGAUUACUACUACAAGGGCUCUGUAUUUCCUUGCCAGAUUUACGAAGCCAUCAAUGCCCAAGUCAUGCGCGAGUCUUCUAUGGUAGUAUGGACUCGUGCGACGACAAAGAACCAAACGUUGGUAUGUGGGAGCGGAGACGAAAACACUUGCCGGCAAACCUACGAAACUACGGAAAAGGACUCGGAUUCGAAUCGAAAACCCUUUUACAUUGCACAAAGCGAGGCGUUUACCUUGUUGAUCGAGCAUGCUGCCACGGCGUCGCACAUUUGCGAGACCAAGUUUCAAAAGCAACAAUCCUUUCAGUCGCGCUCUGAUUCGUCGACCUCUCUGUUGCAUUCUCAUUACUCUUGUUCUGCACAAGCAGAAGAUUUCCCUAGAUCUGGUAGACUAUUGUCCUUGCAUCAUGGUUUGUGCCAAGAAGCCCAUACCAACGGCCAACGAGCCUAUGUCCAUCCCUUGGGUGACGAACGAAUAUCGCGGGCUCCGUGCUACAUUCUCCCCAACCGAACCUCGAAUCACCACGAUUUCUUCACGUUGGAUGUUUUAUUGAAGUCGGCUGGAAUCUCUUCCUUGGACGAUUGCGUCAUCGAAACGAAGACUUCUACGAAUACCACGACGAUCGACAACAGCACCACUUACUGCACCACAUUUCGCGAGUCGGGUGCCACCAUACUGCUGACCGUCCUUUGGAAUGACUUUUUGCCCUACCAGGGAAUCCUGGAACCCUAUUAUCACUACAAGGCUCGCAUUAUUGGCACAAACUAUAAGGAGACUCAAGCAUUCUACAGUUCCUACCGCAAUUCGAGGGUUUUGUUUAGUGCGCAUGGCAUCAAGGUGGCAGUGGUGGUGGGUGGGAACUUUCAUCAGUUCACCUGGUUAAAUUUUAUCAUUACCAUUACGACUGCAUUGGGAAUGCUGGCCGUGGCCACUGCAGUGGUCGAUACCUUUAUGCUGUACGUAUUGCCAGAAAAGGAACAGUAUCAAGAAUGCAAAUACGAACGCGUCCAGAGACCAAUGUUGGAAGGGAUCCAAGAGGAUGAAGAUGGAGAACAAGGACAAAGCGAGGAAGGAGUACAGGGAGACCUACUACAGCCUUUGCUGGAAACGGGGUAG